AUGACAAACAAGACCAAUAUUCCUUCAAAUUUCGAUUCACCACCGCCAUACUCUGCGACAACUGAGCCAGAGCAAUCAAGCUUAGUUCCGCGUGCUUUAGAAACAUCACCACUUUAUCCCAACGUUCCAAAGAACUCGUACAAUAGCAUUCCGAAUUUAUACUAUCAACCUACGCCGCCGCCAAUAGCAGAUUCCUCUUCCUCUUCCGUCUCUGCCGCUGGUUAUGCCCCGGACACCGUUAUUCUACCAGCACCAGUUUCUCUACAGUCACUUCGCGACGAACCAACCGUGACUAUAUGUCCACAUUGUAGGAAUAGAGUGCUAAGUAUAGUAAGCUACAAAUCUGGCUCUGCUACUUGGUUAGCAUCUUGCGGCGUGAAUGAUUUGAAAGAUUGUAAACAUACUUGUCCUUGUUGUAGUAGAACCAUGGCGACAUAUUCGCGAUUGAAUGGAUCCAUCGAAGUAUAUAGCUAG